AUGGAGGCUGUGCUUGGCCCAGGGGGAGGCCUGUUUUCUCCUGGGACCAACUUCUCUGUGCUUAAACUUGCUGCAAAAAUGGAGAUGCGAAGGCCCGGGCGGGCCCCCUGUGGCAGAGCCCAGGCCCCUCGCAGCAGAGGCGGGUGCCUUCGCGGAUCACAGCGGGGCGAAGGCCGUCCGUGCCUGGUGACAUGUGCGACAGCCACCGGGCAGACCAGAAAAAGGAGAACAGCAGAGCAGGAGAUUAAGAAAAGAGAAGAUGGGAAAAUUGCUAAAAAACAUCAAUAUGAGAUUAAGAGUUGUUGGCCGCCCACAAUAACAGGAGGCAUCUCACCUUGCAUAAUUAUUGAAACUCCUCACAAAGAAUCAGUAACCACUGACUUCUCCAGAUUCAAAAAGUACAGGUUCAGAAAUGUCUUCAUAAAUCCAUCACCUUUGCCAGAACUCAACUGGGGAAAUUCCAAAGACGUCUGGCUCAACAUCCUGAAGAAGGAGAACAGAUAUGCUCAUUGCAAACAUUUCACAUCACUACAUUCUAGUUUGCAACCUCACAUGAGAUCAAUACUGUUAGACUGGCUCUUAGAGGUAUGUGAGGUGUAUGCACUCCACAGGGAAACCUUUUACCUAGCUCAAGACUUUUUUGAUAGAUUCAUGUUGACACAGAAGAACAUUAACAAGAGCAUGCUUCAGCUCAUAGGAAUUACCUCAUUAUUCAUUGCCUCCAAACUUGAGGAGAUCUAUGCUCCUAAAAUACAGGAAUUUGCUUAUGUCACUGAUGGUGCUUGCAGCGAAGAUGAUAUUGUAAGAAUGGAGCUUAUUAUGUUAAAGGCUUUAAAAUGGGAACUCUGUCCAGUGACGAUUGUCUCUUGGCUGAACCUCUAUCUUCAAGUGGAUGCUCUGAAGGAUGUUCCCAGAGUGCUGCUACCUCAGUAUUCUCAGGAAAAAUUCAUUCAAAUAGCACAGCUCUUAGACCUGUGUAUCCUAGAUUUGAAUUCUUUGGACUUCCAGUAUAGAACACUAGCUGCUGCAGCGCUCUGCCACUAUACCUCAAUUGAAGUAGUUAAGAAAGUGUCAGGCUUAGACUGGGAAAGCAUCUCAGAGUGCGUAGAAUGGAUGGUUCCCUUUGUGCGCGUGGCAAAAAAAGUCCCAGUGAAGCUGAAGAACUUUAAGAAGGUUGCAGCAGAAGAUCGACACAAUAUCCAAACACACACAAAUUACUUGGACAUGCUGGAAGAAGUUAACAAUGGAGUAACAUCUACUGCCCCCGGUCAGUUAUCACCUGUGUCAACAGGAGGAAUAAUAACCCCUCCCAAAAGUACAGAGAAGAAAUGAAAUCUGGACAACAUCCAUCAUGGACAAUUUCAGACACAGAACUUGGUGCUUCGGAACCAGACCCUACUAAAGAUGGCUCAUGCUCUUUACAAGACCUCGGCAGUAAAGUACACAGCAAACAGCAGCAGCUGGAAAGGGAGACCCUACAGCCUUGAUAAGAGUUAGACCAAGCACCCCUUCACCCUCCCACAGGAGCCAGGACUACUUCGGUCCAUUCUCAGACACAACUUAGUUUGACUCUGACUGUUCCUAACUUAUGAAUUUCAAGAACUUUUUAAAAAUGGCUGAGUGGCAAAGUUUGUCCACUCAACCUUGCUUUAACUUGGGCUUAGCCAUACAGAACUUGUACAUAUUACCUCUUCUUGUUUUUUUUUUCUCGUCUUGGUAAGGUCAGAGCUUAAGGCCUGUUAGUUAGUCACCCAUGAGCUCAGGUGCAGUAUUAUAGAGGUCAGUGGGUACACAGUUUACUUUUCUGAAACCACUCUGCCCUUGCAGUCCAGGGGC